UUUAUUUUAUCUUUUAUUUUCCAUGUUUCAAUUAGCUUGCUGUUGUCGUAGAUUAAGGGUUAGACUGAUCGCCAGUCAGUUAGGGAAGGUGAAAGAAAACUGAUUCUUGGCCAAAAAGAGAUGACGUGGGAAGGAGCUACUGUCGGUGAUAUAAUUAAUCUUUCUAAGUUUCAAUGAGCUGUUGUCGUAGGUUACCACAAUUAUAGAUAAGGGCUUGAUAAUUUUGAUAAGUAUCCCUUGACAGUAAAUAUUUCAGGAACACUUGCUAAUGUUAUGAGAGGACAGUUGAUCCACGCGGCCGUUCUCUCGUCAUAACCGGAGAGGAUUAGUGUUUUAUGACUCGUAUAUACUUUGAUUUUCAUGUGGACAAGAAUGUACAGCAAGAACUUGCAGAACUCGGACAGAAGUGAAUAACUGGAUCUGAACACCUGAGUAGGUAAAGAAGCACAGCUGCACAAGCAAAGAAGAAACAUUACUACCAUGAAUGCCCAAGACCUGUAUGACAAUGUGCUGCAGGGAAGAGAGCGUGAGUCAUUUCAUUUCAGUGAUGAUGACUUCUCACCCAAGUCUAACCUGGCUCUCUACACCACUUUCUCUGGCACUCCAUGCCGACGACUCUCACUCUCCUCGAAUACUUGUGACACACCUCGGUCCAGCCUCUUUGACUCAACUGAAUUUUCAAUCAGCUCAUCGCCAGACAACCAUGGUUCCAACUGUGGGCACAGCAUGAUGGGACCCACUUUCACUCCCUGGCACCACAAAGCCACAUCAAAACGCAGGAAAGAAAAUUCUGUUUCUCCAUACUCUCCAGCCAGUCUUCCAUCCUGCAGUCAUGGUCAAAAUGUGAUGACUAAGAAUGCAGAUUCCAGUCCCCUUAAAAAGAAAUAUAAGAUGAUGUUGCCUUGCCAGAAGCAUGUCUUCUCUUCUCAGGAUUCCAUCUCAGAUGAUUCUGGUACAUCAUCUCAUGACAGUGGGUACUUUGAAAGUGGCAAAAAGAUAGAGGAGGAUUCUUACAUUACCCGAGUUGGCAGUGCUCCAGCCAAGAUCAAAUGCAGAUUGUCCCAGUCCAAGACAUGGAUGUCUCUUUCCCCAGUGAAGCAAGUAUCUCUGGUGUCUUCUGCCACCACCACCACCACCACAGCCACAUUAACUCCUGCUCAUUUAGCUGAAGGGCAAAGGCCUUUCAAAAGGUUUCCAUCACUCACCUUUGAUGAAGAUGAUGCAGACGUGGUGACAGAACUCAUGAAUGAGGUGAGACUCCAAGAUGAGGAACUCUGGGGAUUAUCAGGUUUGUUAGCUGCCCCCAUACAUGUGGCUAAGUUCUGUUCACCAACCAAAUCCCCCUCUGGUUCCCUUGUCAGGCAUCACCUUUCCAUGAUGGAUACUGUUCCUACCUUCUCUUGGGUUUGUGAACCUUUGGCAGGCAAAGAGAACAUUUAUCCCAUAGAACGAUCACAUUCAGAAUUGGGUGCCAGUGCUGUGGAGAGCAAACUCAGGAAGCUGGAUCCACUCAGGUCAUCCUCUGAGCCAGAGAUGAAUUGUUGCCACUCGGAAACUCAUGUCGCUAUAAUGAAGGCUUUAAACAAAAGUUAUAAACGUGAAGAGAAUCUCACUGGUGACUUCUCUAAGGCUCUGUUGCUUCCUAUCCUUGAGAUUGGGAAACACCCAGACCUUCAGUCUAUAAGUGUUCAUACUCUAGCUGAUGUUAUUAAGGGCAAGUACAAUGAUAAACUUGCCUCCUGCAGAAUUAUUGACUGUAGGUACCCAUAUGAAUACGAUGGAGGGCACAUAAAGGGGGCAGAAUUGUGGCACUUACCAGAGUUAGUGACUCAGAACCUGAGAGCUAAGAAAGGUGUUCCAUUUAUUGCUGGUGAGGAAGAGCCAAGACAUAUCAUGGUAUUUCAUUGUGAAUUCUCCACUGAAAGAGGACCCAAGGCACAGCGACUGCUGCGGCAGAUUGAUCGAUCUGCCAAUAAGGAACAUUAUCCUGCUCUUUAUUUUCCUGAAUUGUAUUUGCUAGAGGGAGGCUAUAAGGCCUUCUAUGAGAAAUACUCAGAGCUUUGUACACCCUGUAGCUAUGUAAGGAUGGUCGAUCCCAAAUAUAAUGUGGAUCUGAAACACUUUCGGACCAAGUCCAGGUCCUGGGCUGGUGAGAAGAAGCACUCAAAGAGCCGUAUGCUUUUCCCAGGGUUGAACAGGCCUUAACUUUUUGUUUGUACAUGAAAUAUCUGCUGUUUUGACGAGGACAGGAAGGUUUUCUGUCUAGGUUCAGUCAAUAAUGUUAAUAAGGAUUUUUGUGUAAAAGUAUCCAAUUGUACACUUAAUUCUGUUGCUUUGUUUUUGUUUUAUUUUAUUUACAUUUUAUGUGAUCUAAACAUGAUCACCAAAUAAUAGCACAAAUUAUUUAUAAUUUUGUUAUGUUCAGGUUCAGGUUCAGUGGGGAUCUUUUUUAUGUUGAUACCAAAGGUUGUAUAACAAUGUUCCUUCUGAAAUAAUGAAGCAUUACACAUGGAUGUGUGAUUUGUCUGGGCAGAAUUGUUUAUUUAAGUCUUUCUUUGUCACUCCCUUUAUUCAUGAUGCAAUUAGAUCUAAAUGUAUUUAUUUUAUGUUAACCUUUAUUUAAAUUUUGGCCAUAAUUAUUAAAAGUUGAUGGAAUUCUUACCAGCUUUAUUUAUAAUGGAUUUGGAGGUUAUGAUAAUUGUUUUAUAGUCUUGAAAAUAUAAUUAGGAUGAUUAAACUCAUUUGCCUUUCAAGUACAGCAGCAUGAAGUAAACUUUGUUGUCUGACGAUUAUAAUUGUGAUAUUUGCCUAAUAGUUGUGCAAAUAGUUCUGAUGAAUAAAUUCAAUAAAACCUUCCAAAUAUGAUUAUAAUAAAAUAAUUGUGGUAAUUGAA